AUAAUCAACAGUGCUUUGAUCUGCCUGCAUUGACACUGUUCUUUAAGAGCCAAAAUUAUAUAGCAGUUAUCAAUGUAAAGCUGCUUUGACACAAUCUGCAUUGAUACUGCCUUUUCUAGUAUUUCUGACAGAAAAGUGAGAUUUGAAAUCGGCCUUUAAUUGACUAAUUCUCUAGGAUCAAGUUGUGUUUUUUUAAUAAGAGGUUUAAUAAUAGCCAGCUUAAAAGUUUUCGGUACAUAUUCUAGUAAUAAAGAUAAAUUAACAAUAUUAAGAAGAGGAUCUAUGACCUCUGGAAGCAUCUUUUUCAAUGGCUUAGUCGGUAUAGGGUCUAGCAUACAUGUUGUUGAUUUUGAUGAUUAAACAAGUUUAGACAAUUCUUCCUCUCCUAAAGCAGUAAUUGAAUUGAAUUUUUCUUCAGGGACACUACAAUGCACUGUCUGACACGAUACUGUAGUAGACAUCUCAUGCAACUGAUCAGUCGGGGUUAAUGUCUCUCUCCUCAGCUCUGAGCUCCAGUGUGAACUCCCAUCUGUUUUACUUUAUUUCUGAGAAAAUGAACUGGUCCGAUGCGCAGACGUACUGCAGACAGAAUCACAUUGAUCUCACCACCGUGGAUGACCAGGAGGACCUGAUUUCACUGGUAGAAAACGUGCCCAAGGGUUUUAAUGAAUACAUGUGGAUUGGACUCUAUCGGAUUACAGGGACUUCUCCCUGGAUUUGGUCUGAUCAGAGCCAUUCCGCAUUCAGAUUGUGGAUUAGAGGACAGCCGAACAAUUCUGGUGGCAAUCAGAUGUGUGUUCAAACAACCUCUGCUGGAGAGUGGAACGACUGGUGGUGUGUGGAAAAAUUAGCAUUCAUCUGCUACGCUGAGAAGAAGAGGCAGAUAGUGAGAUUGGAGGUGAAAUCAAGUAGAAAUGUGAAUGAUUUGGCAGUGAGGAACCAGAUUUUACAGAAGAUAUUGCAGAUACUGACGGAGAAGGGACUCAAGAAGAUGCGAAACUGUCGUGGAAAAUGAUUUCUGGGGAAAAUGUCUUUCGGAGAAUGUGGUAUCAAAAGAAUGAUGUUUCUCAGACACCCUGUGGCAAAAAAAGAACUAAAAGUCUCAUAGUAAUGUUUCUUGUAUAAUUUUCGUUGUAUACCCAGCUAACAGGGAACGCUGUGGCAAGGUUCUCUUAAAGUUAUGAAAAGCGUUCUUCCAGUAGUGUUAAUAAAACUUUUGUUCAAAAUUAUCUUUAUUAAUGUUAGCACAAACUCACUAUUUGUAUACAUCAUUCAUGGAAUGUUUUUCUUGAAAUGUUUAGUUGGAUUAAUCUAAUGUUUCUUAAAUAUUACUGUGUGUUUCAGAACAUUCAGAACUUUCAAAAGUAACAUUCCAAUAAUGUUUGCAAAAUGGUCAAAUGAAAUGUGACAGAAAAAAGUGAAUGCAAAAUGUUAGGACAUAUUUUUGUUAGAAGGUCAUUGAGGCAUCAGUACAUAAAAUAUGCACUUCUGCAUUAUUAGGCUGUUUUUGUAUUUAAGGCAAAAAAAAUUGGAUUUGUAAGUUUUUUUUAUAAUAAUAAUAAUAAUAAGAUUAACUUAAUCGUCCUCACAUCUUACACUGAUUGUUUUUGUCCUUUUGCAUUGUUAGUUGAUUCUAGUUUUAAGCUUGAAAAAAAAAGUAGAAAAUAAAGGUUAACUGGAAAGUAAGAUGACUCCUGUCAGUUAACAAAACUCCUGUUGUCCUGUAGAGGGAACUCACGUGUAGCAAAAAAACAAUGUUUUUAGUGAGUUCUUGUUUUUUAUAAUUAUUAUUAUUUUUAUUUGUUUAUACAAAACUAUAUUUGACAAUGAACUUCACGAAAUGAAUGAAUGAAAAAUACUGCUCUCCCCUUCCACGAUCAUUAGCACUUCCUCAUUUCCUUACGUGGAAACUUACUACUCUA